UCAAAAGCUGUUGUAAGAGGACGUUUAGGUUAAUAGCCAAAUUUUAGAAAUCUAAUUUAAAGGUCCAGCCUUCCCUACCAAUAUCUGCUGCUUGUGAGUAACAUUACAUGCCCAUGGGUAAGCGAAAGCUUUCUCCUAUUCUUAAGAGAGCAAUUUUAUCUUAAGAAGCAUGUUGUCUCAGAAGUUUGAUCAGCUCAGUGUCAUUUAGCACACUUCUCAUGACUUCUGGGUCGCCUGCCUCAUAUAAGUCUUUGCUUUUCUCCACGAAGCUGAGGCCUGUAAUCAGUUGGAUGAACUCAUCUUUCUUGUUUUCAACAAUUUUUGCGAACAUCUUGUUACUCAACAUAAUCUUGAAUUGACCUUUAGCUUGAUUGUUCAGCAUCGUUGAGAAUAAAGAGCAAAGGCGAGAUAUACAGUGCUUCUUGUCCUCAGGUGAUAAGUCAGAUAAGGACUCAAUAAAAGCAGUCAGGGAUGGCUCUACCUGUGAUAGAGUAUUCGACUUCUGCUCCUCAGAGCUAGGCUCAGGAGGACUAUUCACUGAAGCACCUAUUUUUAGUACGUCAUCGAUAGGAGAUUUUAGGGAUGUUUCUUCCUCAAUUUUAGGGUUGGAGUCUUGAGGGUCAUUCACAUCCUUUGUCUCUUCUUCCUGGCCUUCAUCUUCCUUCUUGUCUCCAUCCGGUGUGACAGUUUCCUUCUUGCUAUCCUCUUGGUCACCAAUAAGGAAUUUGUUUAGGCUCUCGAUCUUUGUCUCAUCUUUCUUAAUCUCUUCUUGUCUGGAUUUGAUAUGUGAAGAAGUAGCCAAGUUUUGUGUCUUGGUCAGGAAACCAGCAGCUCCUGUGUUCACAGGAGGGAGAUUUGGUAGAUCCUUGGGCUUCUCAUCCUCGCUCGAUCCAAGCUUACUACUAAGCUUGUUUAGGGCCAGGGAAAGAGUGGUGAAACAAGAUGACAUGUUCUUGUUCAUUGUCUUCAUUUCUCUCAUAACUUCGCUGUUGUUUUCCUGUGCAUGUCUUAAGAACUUAUUCAUGCUCUCACAAAGUUCUGUGGUAGGCUCCUUCUUGUCAUCAGAGUCGUUACUUCCAGUGACGGAUUGUCGUAGGUUGUUGUUCUUGUUGGCACUGCCUAGGAAUCUUCCUUUGGCUCCUUUGAUCUGGAGACUGAUGGGUUCAUUGAGAGAUUGAGAGUUUCUCCUCUGAAAAUCCUCAUCAUGAUCAGACUUAACCAUUCUGUUGUCCAUUGCUUUUGAAAUAAUCAUCUUGACAUCUGCCUCGGUGAGCAUUUUAGACUUAAGCAUGGCAUUCUCUUCCUGAAGUUCGUUGAUUUUUGCCUGAAGAGAGUUGACGCUCUGCUCUUGGAAGUCCUUCAUGCACUCGAAAACCAUCUUUUCUUUCUUAUCCUUGAUAUUGUUGAUAAGGUAGGAGAUACCUAUAGAGGAAACAGCUGAGAUUGCUCCUAUAUUCACUGCAUUCAUCAGGGAAGAUCCCCUAGCCGAACUUCGAGGUGGAGGAGGAUGGUAUCCUCCUCCAGUUGAAGGGGGAUAGGAUCCUCCUCCAAUUGAAGGGACUGUAUAACUUGGUUGAGCUAGCUGGUUUGAUGUGGUGUUUAUAACUUUGGCCUCUUCCUUCUGUUCAUUCUUCUUGUUCAUCCUGUUUAGAGCCUCACUGAGUUCUUCUUCUGUCAUCUUGCUUUUCAAAUAGCUGAUCUUCUCAUCUUGAUUCACAUUUUCUAUCUUAUUGUUUCGUAAGAAGUCGACUGCCCUUUUAAUUCUAUCUUCGCUCAUUUUUGAUAAAAGUCGU